UAAACAUAACGAAACACGACAUCUUCUAAGUCAGUACUGCGUAGAGCUAGCAAUAUGACGGACGCGCGCGAACUGUUACUAAGAAAUAUCUUGGAAGAAAUAGCCGUAAAACAAAAAUAUGAAGACCCUGACAUACAAACGUCAGCUAUACCAACCACCGGCUCCAAUUUCACCUCCCAACUCUUCUACGCUUCUAUCAAAUCGGCAGGAAAACAAGAUCUUAACGUAUUCGCAAAAGUCGCCGUCGUCGCGGAAAAACUCCGAGAAGAACUAAAAGCGACCUUGUUCGACAUCGAAAGACACUUUUACACGAAGCUAACGAAGACGUACAAAGAAAUAGAAGACGAGCACAACAUCUCAGAAGAACACAGACUCGUCAUUCCCAAGUAUUACGGAGGCAGCGACACGUAUUUGAAAGAGGUGGUGGUGCUGCAGGACUUGUCAAAACAUGGCUUCAUAACAUAUGACAGGUUUAAGUCCAUUGACUGGGAAUACGCUUCGGCAGCAGUUGAGGAGUUGGCGAAACUCCAUGCAUUGUCCAUAGCAUAUUGGAAGGCAUAUCCAGAAGAUUACGAAGAAGCUAAGAAAAUUUUGAGAAGACAAAUGAUGGAUGAGGAUACACCUGUUACAGCUAUGAUGAAACAAAUGCUGAGCAAUAUGAUACAAAUGGUACGCGAGGAGAAUAGGGCAAAAGUGGAGAAGCUCUUCUUCGAGACGUUUAGUUUCGAGCAGUUCAAGAAGUUCUAUGAACCGUCAGAGAGGCCAGUCAUCAUACACAGUGACUUCAGACAGAGCAACCUGAUGCAUAAAAUAGACAAGGACGGCAAAGUCCAAGUAGUGAUUGUUGACUACCAGACCUUACAUCCAGGACCUGCAACCAACGACUUGCUGUACUUCAUCUUUACGGGGUCAGACGGGGCUUUCCGAGCCAAGUACUUCGACCGGCUUAUUGACCACUACUACGAGCAUAUGGCCGCUGCGUUACGGAGGCUGCACUUGGACCCUGAGGAGGCUUUCCCGAGGGACGUCUUUGAUCAGGAGUUGAAAGAGAUGAUGCCUUUUGGCCUGUUCAUCGCGGGCAUGUUGCUGCCGAUGAUCACCAUAGACACGGCAGACGUGAGCAAAGAUGGCGGCGCGUUUGAGAACGAGAGCUUCGAGACUAUGGCCGAGAUGAUGGGCAAGAGCAACGACUUGAGCACACGAAGGCUGAAUGAAGUUGUGGACGACUAUGUCAAGUGGGGGAUAAUAUAGAAAUAGCUUUUGAACCAAUCAUUUCAAUGUUUUGAACUUCAUUAAAUCCAGACACCCUGCAGGCUACAGAACAGACGUGUAGAGGUAAAGAACAGAAGCGUCGCUCUUCUUCAAGGAAGGUGAUAAGACCUUGCUGAAGAAUUACAGACCCAUCUCGCUUCUGAGUGAUGUCUACAAGCUGUUUUCAAGAGUCAUCACGAACCGUCUCGCUCGUAGGUUCGAUGACUUCCAGUCUCCCGAACACGCCGGAUUCCGAAAAGGUUAUAUUAAAGUAUCUAGUCGUAUCACCAUCGGUUGUAUUAUAGUACCAUCGCCCGACUAAAGAGUUUGUUCGGCUUCC